AUGCGAGAGGAAGUGGCUCAGACGAGGAGGGAGAAUCUGAAACAGAGAGUGCAUCUGAGAUUGAAAAGGAGAGUGGAUACAGCUCUGAGGACGAGAGUGGAUACAGCUCUGAGGACGAGAGUGGAUACAGCUCUAGGGAUAAGAGCGGAGGUGACUCUGAAGAUCGCGAAUGCGAGGUCUCUGCGAUCCUGGUCUUACGCCCCAACAGCAAAGAAGCUAGGAAUGAAUACUUAA